AUGUUUAAUGGUAUUAUAGGUAACCAAAUGAAACAUGCAAAAAAUGUCAUCGAAGGAAUGAAAGAACAUUUAAAAUGUACAGCAAAAGAAGCUACGAAAAAUAUGAAUUAUCCAUUUUGCAAAGCUCCAUGUAACAUUGACAAUUUUAAAAAUACCAUUUAUAUAAAUGAAGGAGAAAUAGUUAUUAACAAAAAGUUUUAUGAAAAUCUAUUUAAUAACAAAAAGGGUAAUGACAAUGAUGAUAAGACUAUGGAUAAAGCGAAAAAUUCAAAUCAAGACAUUUUUACAUGCAACACAAAUGAUAUAAUUAUUAAGGGAAAUUACAACUUUGGAUUUCACGUGCAAAUUAUUUAUGAAAAUGAAGAAAAUAAAAUUAUUGCUUAUGCUUAUGACAAAGAGACCAAAAAAAAAAUACCCUGUAUAUACCGUUGGAAGCGUGUCUAUUCUGAUAAGCGCUGUGAUUUGGUUGAUAGAGAUUUUGGGGCUGAAUACACGGUUGGUACCGGUGCUAAUAUUGAUAACAUUGGGAAUUAUAGACGAAACUACACUAAGAGAUCCAAGUAUGGCAGUGAGUAUGAGCUGACAUGUGAUGAUAUAGGACUUAAAAUUUGUGUAGAAUGCUCCUAUCUCAGUGAGGAACAGUUGACAGAGGAGCGAACUGUGUCUUCUUAUCCCUGGAACGAUUCACAAACCUCUGAGGGUAGCCUCCCCCAGAACAGCGAAGGAAGUGACGCAAUCGUGGAAGGAAAUGUUCUUGGAGGUAGAAGUGAUAAUCGGUCUGACAAAUAUGGUGAUAAUCGGUCUGACAAAUAUGGUGAUAAUCGGUCUGACAAAUAUGGUGAUAAUCGGUUAGACAAAUAUGGUGAUAAUCGAUCUGACAAAUAUGGUGAUAACUGCAUCGAUAACCACUUCUACAACGAUGCUUCAUCCUUUAAGAGUAUCUUCACAGAAAAUAACCACAGAGGCACAUCGAGACUGAACCCAUUUCCCCAAAAUAAAUUCAGAUAUGAUGAAGUAUCUAAUGUUCCAUCAAGAACAUCAAGCCGCUUCCGCUUAAGAAGUAAUCAUCACCAUGUCGAAGAAAAAGAAAAAGAAAAUCAUUACAAUGACAAGAAGGAAUAUUUAAUUUCAAAUUCAUGUGAAAUGUCUAAUAAUAAGAAUAAUUCAGUAGAUACCACUGAAAUGAGAGGUCAUAUCGAAAGCAGCUACAGCGUUAAGACAUAUAAUACAAAUGAAAAAUAUCAUGGGGUGGCAGAAGCAGAAAUAGGUCCGUUCUUCCUAAAUGAAAAAACGAAAAAGAUGCUACAAGUAAUUAUACAUAAUGAUAUUAUUAGAUAUCCCAUAUACAUUUUGAAGAAAAGAAAUCGAAAAGAAAGCAACACCAUGCACGAUUAUGCAAUGAAUGAAGGUAACACCAUACCUCAUCCUUUUGAAAAUAGAAAAACUAACCUCUUUGAUUCAGAUGAAGAUGAUGAUUAUAAUAGUUUAGAUAACAAUAAGGCUAAUUUGAACAUGGAUAAUGAACACACUGAUCAUAUUUAUAUGUUAUAUAUACAUAAAAAUGAAAUAAAUAUUGUGAAUCAAAAUAAUGUAGACAAGCAAAUGUGGAACCACAAGUUCAAUGACAUUUACCCCUAUGUCGAAUUUCUGCAUCCAAAGGGGUGUGAUAAAAACCUCUCCAUUUGGAAAGGUCCACGGAGGAGUUGCAGUAAUAGCAGUAUAAGUGGAAGAAGUGUCAUCAAUUCAAAUUCUGAUAGUAGGAAUCCCAAUAUAAGAACUGAAAAAGAAAGUGGAAGCACAAAUGAUGAUACAAUAGGAAAGGGGUUCUUGUUACACACGAAAGAUUCUGAAUAUUACGUCUGUAAAUGCAUAUACAAAAGACACCGUGAUUUAAUUACCAUCAUUUUAAGAUAUAUGCAUGCGAAUUUACACAUUCUUAACGAUUAUAUUUUUAAUAACAUUAAUGAAAACUUCCAGAACACACGUGCUAAAAAUAUAUUUGAUAAUGUAGAUGUUAAUUCUAUCUUGGAGAAUGUCAACAAAGAGCUGCUUAUGAAUAGGAAACUUAAUCAGAAGUAUAUUCACAAAAUAAAUAAAUUGCGUGGUGAGAAAAAUAUGCUGGAGGAGGACCUCAAGAAUACUAUAGAGGCUUUUCAGGAACAGCUAGACACAGUGAAAAGGUUUAAAGAUGAAAAUGAAUUAAUCAGAACAAACGAAAAUCUGAUGAAAGAAAUAAAAAUUCUUCAAGAUAAAUAUAAGAAUGUCGACUUGUUUUUUAAAAAUAAGUAUAAGCUCCUCCUGAAUGACAUCCAGCGGUACAAGAAGUUGGUGGAAGAGUGUAACCCAAGGGUCAAUUCAAAAGAAGCAGAACAGUUACGUGAGAAGUUACAGAUCAUAGAGCAGGAAAAGAAGGAUCUUCUAAACAAGAACAUCAAAAUGAAUAACAUUUAUAAUGAGGAGAAAAAAAGCAAAACUGAGUUGGAAAAACAACUAAUGGGCUUGAGUUUGAAGAUGGAGAAUCUUAAUAAAUCUCUGGAGGAAGAAAAAAGCAAAGGGAAAAGAAACUCUAGAUACUUGAAAGAAAUAGAAGAACUGAAAAAGAAUAACAUUAUCAUGCAACAGAAAAAUGCAACAAUGUCGGAUCAGGUAAAUAUUUUGGUAACGGAAAAAAACAGACUCACCAAGUUGGUUGACUCACUAACGAAAGAUAUUGAAAAGGCCAAAACUAGUGGAAAUAUAAGGAGCGCGGAGAAUCAAAAAAAAUUCCCCAAACCCCAGGCAAGUAAUAAUCUGGGUGAAAGCGAUGAGAACGAGAGGAAACUACUCAAAGAAAUAGCAUCCUUAAGGGAUGAAAACGAACUUUUAAAAAAAAGAAUAAAAAAAUUUGCAAAAUAUAAUGCUGUGCCAUAG